GUGCACGCUCCCAAGGAAUCCCUACACAGUGCACUGCAUGCAACCCUUCUUCCCAGCCACAGGGGAAGACCGACGAAAAUGUUCCCAGCGAGCUCUGUCAUUGGAUGCAGAUUUUAACCAAUGGCUGAGCAGAGGGCGGGCCGCUCUAGUUCUGACAGCUUUUCGAUUUUUCUGCUCUCAGACCUGUCACUUUGGAUUCCUACAAGAAGAACAAGACACUUCAUUCUACUGUAGUUAAUAUGGACAGCAAACGACCAAAAUCUGCAAGCAAGAACAGUACAGGAUCCCCAGGACACAGCACAUCAAAGACCAAGAAAACAACAGAUGUUAACAGCCAUCGGGAAGGUGCUACUUCAACUUCGCUUAGUGCUUUAGAAGAAGCAUUUAGAAAAUUUGCUAUUCAUGGUGACACCAGAGCUACAGGGAAGGAAAUGCAUGGGAAAAACUGGUCAAAAUUAUGCAAGGAUUGCCAAAUAAUAGAUGGAAAAACAGUGACAACUACAGAUGUUGACAUCAUAUUUAGCAAAGUAAAGGCAAAGUCCUGCAGAACAAUAACUUUUCAACAGUUCAGUGAUGCACUUGAAGAACUAGCACUGCAGCGGUUUAAGGACCACGAAAAAGAAGAAGCUGUUUCUAUGAUGCAUAAGAUGGUUGAAGGGAAAUAUCCAGUUAUAGCUGGUGUUACGAAAGCAGUAUCCUCUCCAACUGUAUCCCGUCUUACAGAUGUGUCUAAAUUUACGGGGUCUCACAAAGAAAGGUUUGAUCCUUCAGGAAAAGGAAGGGGCAAAGCUGGCCGAGAAGAUUUAGUUGAUCGAUCUGGAUAUGUUGCAGGUUACAAACAUGCAGGCACAUAUAAUCAGAAAGUCCAUGGGCCAAGCAAGUAGGACAGAAAAAAUAUCAGUAAAGAAUAUUGUUUAAGCCAAAAAAAUGGUACAGAAUUAGCAAUGUUUUAAUGUUAACAUCAGCUAUAAUUGUGUAAAACAAGAGAAGCACUUCUAGACAUUCCCCUAACAUAAAAAGAUGGCAAUGCCACACAAACUGACCAUGUAUGUGUAAAAUUUUCAGCACUAAAGUGUAAUAAAGGGAUAUAACUUC